AGCUGGAUUUGGCUGAAAUUUAUAGGAAUUUUAGGCUUAGACUAGAUAUUAGCUGGAUUAUAUAAUUAGUUUAAUAUUCUUCUUAUUAGUUCUUAUUAAUUUAAGAGAUUAUCUGCUUUGCGAUUGUUCAUUCAGGUGAAUGAACUUGUAUCUGCAUCAGUAGUAUCUCAAUAUAAAAGUUGCGCACUCAAAUAAGGUAAUUAAAAUAUGGGUUCGGAGAAUGAUAGCUUAUUGCCGCAUGGUAGAAAUAAUACUCCUAUAAAUCCUGAAGGUCUUACUAAUUUAGAGACAGCUAUUAAUGAUGUUUAUGAGGCCAUUAUUGAUGAAGAUCAUGAAUAUGAUAAUUCUACUAAUGAAGAUAUAAUAUGGUUAAGAGAACAACGAAGUCUUAAUAAGACCCUUCAUUGGUUUAAAAGGCCAAGUGUAAUUAUGAUAUGUUUAAUAUCUUUCAUAGUUAGUAUGGCAACAUCUAGUGCAGAAUCGACUCGUCAAGUAAUAUCUUUAAAAUUGGCUUGUAAUUAUUUAAGUAAUGGUACAGGAACUUGUGAUCCAACUAGUGCUCAAUUAUUACUUUCAAAUCUUCAAAUGAGUUAUAGUGUUUGUUCAGGAAUUAUUACUUUAAUUGCUCUGGGGAAAAUAGGUCCAUUAUCAGAUCAAUAUGGAAGAAGAUUAUUUCUUAUAACUACUGUAACUAUGUUUUUCAUUGGAAGAUUUCUGAAAUUCUUAUUAAUGUAUCACUAUAAUUCUUUAAAAUUUAUUCCUAUGGUUUUACUUGAAAUUUUAACAAAUUCUGCUGGUGGUGUUUUAGCUUUAGUUGCUUUAUCAAAUUGUUAUAUAUCAGAUGUAGUAGAACCUCAUGAAAGAAUUUAUUCAUUAGGUUUAGGAAUUGCAGCUUUAUUUAUUGGAUUAAGUAGUGGUCCAUUAAUUGGUAAUUUUUUAUUAUCUUUAACAACUAAAAUAUCUAAUAAUUUACUUGAUGGAAAUUCAACUAUAUCUCAUGGAGAAUUUUCUCCAUUAAAAUUUGAAUUAUUAUUACUAUUUUCAGCCGUUUUAUUUGCAGUAUUUAUUCUUCCAGAAUCUAGAUCAGAAAAAGCUAGAAGAAAAUCAAGAAGUUUGUCAAUAAGUCUGAGUUCUUCAUUAGUCUUACCACUUGUAGAAGUGGAAGAAUCGAAACUUCAAAAGUUCUUACAACAAAUUAAUUUCUUAAAACCAUUGAAUUUAUUAUUAUUACCAGAUGAGAUUGUUAAUCGUCAAAAUAAACAACGAAUUAAAAGAGAUCGAGCAUCUGUUCUUCUACUUGUGGUUGCCGAUUGUGUAUUAACAGUUACAAGUAUGUCACUUGGAGAAAUUAAUAUCUUGUAUGGUAUUUUCCAUUUCAAUUGGAAUCAAAGAGAUAUUGGACAUCUUUUAGCAGUAGGAUUUGCUACUAAAGCAACAGUAUUAAUUAUAUUAUGUCCAUUAAUUAAUCAUAAAAUUCUUCAGAAAACUUUUGGAUUUAAAGUUUUGAAAAAACAAUUCGAUAUGGUUGAUUUUUCAAUGGCUUAUAUUGGAUUAGCUUGUGAAGCAUCGGGAUUAUUAUUAUUAAAUUUCAUGCCUACUACUCAUACAUUCUUUGCCGGUAUAAUGUUAUCAGCAUUUGGUUCAUUAGCUUCACCAGCUUUAAACUCAUCGAUUAUUAAAUUCUAUCCAGAAUCAAAGAUUGGGGAAUUGUUUGGUGCAAUAGCUCUUGUUAAGAAUUUAUUAAGUAUUCUUGGACCAGUAGCAUUUAUUUCUUUCUACAAAUAUGCUUUAGAAGUUUGGAAGAAACCAGGAAUUGUCUUUGUGGUUGCUGGUACAAUCAUGAUGACUAAUUCGUGUAUUGUUUGGAUUGUAAAGAGAAUUCUAAACUUAAAUAGACAUAGCGAACCUGAAUUAUUAACAAGAAGUAAUUCAAUGGUAUCAUUAGUUGAAGAAGGAUUUCCUGAAGAAAGUACUAGUGCACCUACCACACCCAAGCAACCAAGUUUUGCUGAACUUCAUAGAAAAAACAGUGCUAUCUUUAAGGAAAGAUCCAAUCAUGAUUAAUUAACGUAUACCCUAUAUACCCUAAGAUGUAUAUAUACCAUAAGAUGUAUAUAUACAUAUAUAAAUCCCAUAUGUCACUAUAUAUAUAUAUAUAGUAUUCUCUUAGUACUCUGCCUAUAUCUACUUAUAAAUUUAAUAUAUUUGUGUCUGUCUGUCUAAUUCGUAUGUCCAUUUUUUGCAAUCUGUCGCACAGCUUCCGCUCGAAAAAAAGACAUUUGGCCACAAGUGACUA